AUGGACAGCAAAGCUUUUACUGCACAAAAAAGUACCCUAGAGCAGAUUUUAAUUGAUGAAACAGCCAUGCCCAAGCCCCUACCAUUAUCACUCUUGAAGGACAUCACAAAUGAUUUCUCCAAUGACCGGGAGAUUGGAAGAAGUAGAUUUGCUGUGGUUUAUAAGGGAAUACUUGGCGACAAGUUGGUUGCAGUGAAGAAGUUGUCCAACCGUUAUAUGCAUGACACGGAGUUUCACCAAGAGGUUCAAUGCCUGAUGAAGACAAAUCACAAGAAUGUAGUAAGAUUUCUGGGAUAUUGUGCUGGUAAACAAGGAAACCUUGUCAUGACACAUGUCCAACAAAGAUUGUUUUGCUUCGAGUAUAUACCUAAAGGGAGUCUUGAUAAAUAUAUCACCGAUGCAUAUCGUGAGUGGCAAACCUGCUACAAAAUAAUUAAAGGGAUUUCUGAGGGCCUGCAGUUCCUGCAUGAGAGGCAUAUCAUUCACUUGGAUCUGAAACCUGCCAAUAUACUGCUCGACGAUAGGAUGGUACCAAAAAUUACUAAUUUUGACUUGUCUAGAUGCCUUGGUGGAAAUCAAAGACAGAAUAUUACCAAAACUAUGUUAGGAACAUUUGGAUAUUUGGCACCAGAAUUUUACGAAAUGGGUGCAAUCACAAGUGGGACUGACUUGUAUAGUCUUGGUGUUAUUAUCAUAGAAAUACUGACCGGGCAGAAGGGGUAUCAAGAUACUGAGCAAGUACUUGAAAGUUGGAGUUAUAAGAUGGAGAGAUCACAACGAGACACAUUAUUGGAACAAAUACGAGUAUGCUAUGAGAUAGCUUUAGAGUGCAUAGACUUCAAUCCAAAGAAGAGACCAACUAGUGCACGUGAUAUAAUUGAGAGGCUUCAUGAAAUGGAGAAUAUCCAGCUAAAUGUCAGUCGACUGACUUAUGAUUUUGGGUCAGUCGAUUUUGAACAUCGUCGAAGGGAGGCCGGAGGGAAGGAAAUAGAAGGAAGGAUCUUGUCGGAGGGCUACCCCACCAUCUAUCUUAGGGUGGCGGGUGGAGGCAGAAGAACGGCAGUGGUGCAACUUCACCGAAGAAAAUCUCCGUCGGCUCUGGGACUAGAGGGAUGGCGCGAGGGGGGUGGGGGUUGUUGGGAGGAGGGAGAUGCGGCAAGGCUGCACGGGAGCGCCGCCGGCCGCGGGCGGCUAGGCUGGCGGCGGGGCGACGUUCGAAGGAAGAAGAUGGGUGGCUGGAGGCUAAAGAAGGUGAUCCAGUCAUCCUUUUCAUCCAACGGCCUAAACAUUGACUGA